GUUGUAUAAAUACAAUAAAAUAAACAAGAAGAAACAUUAGAAAACAAAAUAAACAAAAUUCAUUCACAACCAAAUCAUUACCAGCAAAUACAAUCUUGAUUUCAAUCCUCACACAAUCCUCCUCAACGCCUCUCUUCUUCAUCGUCGUCGUCUUCUUCCUAAGGAUUUAGGUUUUGUGUUCGAUUAGAAUCGGAUACAAUUAAGAUGAUGAUUUACAAGAAAGGGAGUAGAGUUGAGAUAUUGUGUGAAGAUGAGUUGCCAUCGGGUUCUUGGCGAAGUGCUGAAAUAAUCUGCGGUGAUGGUUAUAAUUUCAAGGUUAGAUAUGAUGAGUAUUUCGGUGCUGCUGGUGGUGAGACAGUUGUGGAAUGGAUUUCUGAGAAGUUAAUGAGGCCAUGUCCUCCUCAGGUUGAACUUAGAGAUGAUUGGAUUCGUGGUGCAGUGUUGGAGGUAUUUCAUAAUCUUUCCUGGAAGAUGGCAACGGUGUCUAAGGUUUUGGGAAGAAAUUCAUUUGUUGUUAGGUUAGUUGGUUCAUCUAGUGAGUUCAAAGUUAGAAGAUUGGAUCUUCGGGUGCGGCAGUGUUGGCAGCAUAAUGUGUGGACCGUGAUUGGAAAGGGUGUUGGAAGUGAUCAAGCUGGGAAACAAAAUGAUAAAUUGAAUCUGAUUUAUGCACAUGAUACAAAAAGCCAAGGCAAGGAGAUCGAUACCAAAAUGAGGUCCCAUAUUCAAGACCAGUAUCUUGAUGCUGAGGUCAAUGCCCGCCAAUCUUGUAACUCAUACUCCAGGAAUCUGAAGAGAAGCUUCCGCAGCUGUCAAGUUGAACCACAGGAAGGGAGUGCUUAUAAAUACUUAGCAGCUGAAAAAGAGGGCGUGAGUCACCGGGUUGCUGCAUCCCCGCCUCCUAAAAAGGUAGAAGCAAUUGCUUCCACUAGAAAAAUCCUGGGUGAAAAACACCUACAUGCAUCUAAUAACUACAGAACAACUCGCUUUUAUCAAAUUGGUGUGGAGAGGAAGAAACAAAAUGGUGCUUUAGGGAGUUUGCAUGCAGUAAGUGUAGAACAUAAUGAUGCUGAUAAUAUUGCAUGUUCCGUUGGUAGUUGUAGCGUUAAUAGCAAUAGUCCACAUGAGUUGCAAUAUCAUUCGAGUGCUUUUGAAGAUAAUGAAGGUUGUAACAGUGAUGCUGAAUCUUCUUCUUGGUUGGGAUGCAAGGAGAAGAUUUCUCUUCCUCCCACCAAAGAGGAGUUAAAAGAAAAGAUUCAUAGUUUAGAGUUGCAUGCCUAUCGAUGCACUAUAGGAGCAUUUCAUGCAGCAGGACCCUUAAGUUGGGAACAAGAAACACUAGUGACAGACCUCCGUAUUUCACUCCAUAUAUCAAAUGAUGAGCAUUUGGUAGAAAUUAAGAACUUAAUGUCUACUACCACAAGUGUUUCUUGUAGAUGACAGGAGAAUUAGAAAACCCAUAUUCUCCCCUCUUACGGUCUUCUUUAGCAUUAUUCAGUUUGGUCUUCACAAGUGAUAUAAAGUCAUUGUAAAAAGCAUUAUAAGAUGUUUUUUUUGUUAAAUAUAUAUAGUGGUAACAAUUGUAAGUAAAAACUCUUGCAAUCUAAUAUAUGUUAUCUCAUUAUAUCCUCAUGAUCUAUGCCUUGAGUUGGUAGAACUAGCUUCUCCAUCAUGUUCCUUGUCUACCUACGUUUUCUGAUGUUGAUAUGUAGAUGCAACCAUAAAAGAGUUGGCAGCUUGUAAAUAAAUCUGUGGUUGAGCAGAAUUUGUAUGAAAUCUGGGGAUGAUAAAUAAAAAGAUGUAUUAUUAUGGAUGCA